UCUUACCCUGAUGUGCACAUUUAAAAUCCACUUGUUGUGUCUUUAAAUAUUAGGUUUUGCACACAAUUGCAGCCUUCAACCUAAGAAUGAUUAAGAUAUUUGAUAGCUUUUUCCCCCUUCUUUGCAUCAUUGCUUUUUAUUUUGUGUUCUUGCAGAGCCGUACGGUUUGGACCCAGGAAGCCGUGUCCUAUGUAGAGUUUUCCGAUUUGGCUCCAGGUCAGAACUACUGUGCUGUUGCCAACUUCUCCUUCCCGACGUUCUCCAUGGCUGCUUCGCCCAAGUCUGCACCUCAGUGUGUUGUGACGCUUUCCAAAACAGGGCUGCUGCCUGUGCUGUGUGUGGGAAUUGGGCUAACUUCUCUGCUCCUUGUGCCACUACUGACUUUGUUUUUAAGAAAACCCAAUCAAGACGAACAAACCACUGAAAAUCAACCCAAGACUCAGAAUCAGGUGUCAGUACACGAUCCAGUCUCUUUGGUUCCUUCUUCCCUGGAUCCUGUCGACCCUUGUGACAUCCACAUUGGUUUUGUAGAGGACGAAAUCUCCAUUGAUUCCUGUUCUAGUCUACAAUGUGACCAGGACCAGACCUCAACCCUGAAAAACUCCUGUGAUCCCAGACAUCUUGCCUCGAGCCCCAGUGCAGCAUACUGUGACAGCGGCGGGAUGGAGCUGGACCAACGUCUGGACUCUGGUAUCAGCAUACCUCCUGUGUCUCAAUCCUCUGAGGAGACAUUUGGGACAAUUGGAGAAUGAUACCUCAAGACUUUGAGCCGUAUACCACAUGGGCUGCUCUCUAAGGUUGGUGUCUAUGUCCAGGAUUCACCACAUCACUGUGAUGUACAGUGAACUUCUCAAAAGGUCUGGAGGAUAUCUUACCUUACUUUGAGAGAGGUGGAACAUUCUGUGUCUCAACUCUGCUAUAGAUCACUUAAGAACAUGAAGCAAGAGAAAGGACCUAAGAUAUUGGCAUUUGCAAUACAGUAUCUUUAUUCAGUCAAUCAAUCCAUUUUUAUCAAUUUAGCAAGAAAUCGCAACAAACAGGCAGAAACUUCAAUCAAUUAAUGGACAGCCAUCUGCCAUGACUGACUCGACCAAGAAAGUGGGACAGAAGGAGGGACAGAAGGAUGGACAGAAGGAGGGAAAUGGAUAGACACAAAGAGACAAGGAGACGAACAGAUGACCACAAAAAUAACAACAGAUUACACUCUGGAUUAUCAACCAGACUGUGGAGUGGAGUGGUUUAUUAAUCUAUUAAAAUUGUCCCAUCAGAACAUAUUUUGAUCAUAAUUUUUGUGUAAUUCCAUUAAAGUGA